UGUGCCCGGGCAGUAUUACGCCGUGUGUCCACCCAGUGACCGGCGUGACCAAGUCAGAGGACGUACGUAGCUCCAUAGCAGCAGCAGACAUACUGUGGCGAUGAUGUUCGGAUGCGAGGAGACAUUGCCAUUUCCCUCGGACUGCGGGGCUCUGGAUGCCACAGGGGGGAAAGUGGAGGCGGCUAUGGCCUCGUUCAUGGAGGCCGUUCCGGCAGGAAUGGCGCAGCACGCACCCCCGCUCAUAGCUGCCGCGGCUGUUGACGACCGCGAGACGAUUCGCCGGUUCGUAGAGUCGGAGGACGGCCCGAACGACUGCGGCGCUGGCGGCAAAACCUCCCUGCACUGGGCGGUCGGUGUGGGCAACGAGGCUAUCCUCGGGAGCCUGCUAGUCCUAGGCAGGCGCUGUGCUACGGGACUGGACCUCGAGGCAGUGGACAGGAACGGCUUCACAGCGCUGCACUACGCGGCGGUGACGCGCAAGUUGUCCGCGACUCGGCUGCUGGUGGAGGCAGGCGCUCAGGUCGACUGCCGCGACCUGGACGGCCAGACGCCGCUGAUGAAGGCGGCCAGGUGGGACGACGCGGCGCAGUGCGGCGCCCUGCUGGGCGCUGGCGCCGACGCCGCGGCCACCGACGCGGCGGGGCAGACGGCUCUGCACGUGGCGGCGGCCGCGGGCGCCACCGGCGCGCUGGGGCUGCUGCUGUCGGCGCACGGGGCGGCCGCCGCGGCAGGGGCCGCGGACGGCCUCGGCCGCACGGCGCUCAACUGCGCGCUGCGGCGGUCGCGGCUGGAGGCGGCGCGGAUGCUGCUGCCUGCGGCGGCCUACACGCCGCGCGUCGACGACACCGGCAGCACGGAGCUGCACUGGGCGGCCGCCAACGGCGCGCCGGACAUCGUGGAGCACCUGCUGCGCCUCGGGCCGCCCAGGUGGCCCCGCGACGAGAGAGGCAUGACGCCACUGAUGCGGGCGCUGGAGGCGCGCAACGAGUCCACGGCGGCGCUGCUGCUGGAGGCGCCGUGCUGCCUGGAGCCGGCCGCCGACGCGGCGGGGCUGACGGCGCUGCACUGGGCGGCGCGCGCCGGCAUGCCGGGGGCGGCGGCGCGGCUGCUGGGGGCGGGCUGCCCCGCGUGGGCGCCCGACGCCGCGGGCCGCGACGCGCUCACGUGGGCGCUGCUGGCCGACGACGAGCCGACGGCGGCGGCGCUGGUGCGCCUCGCCGGCUUCCGCCAGCGCGCCGACCACUUCGGGCGCACCGCGGCGCACGUGGCCGCGACGCGCGCCGGCGCCCCCGUCGUGCUGCAGCUGCUGCGCCGCGGCGCCCGCGCGGACGCCGUGGACGCCGAGGGCCUGACGCCGCUGACGUGCGCGCUGCGCUACAACGCGGCCGCCGUCGCCGACGUCGUGCGCUGCUUCUCUGCCGACGCAGCAGCAGCGGCGAUGGCGGCGGAGGACCGCGACACUGAGUAG